AUGGGUGUUGAUGGACCUCAUCCAUAUGGACAAUGGGGUGUCUGUUUGCUCAAUGAACUUUUGAGUGAUACAUUAACAUGGAUGUCAGCAAAUCAUGGUGAAUUCGAAGUUUUGUUUCAUCCAAAUACAGGAGAAAUGAUUGGUGAUCAUGAUAGUCAACAACGAGCUAUGUGGAUCAAGCAGCAGGUGCCACUUGAUUUAGAUUUCCUCAGAUGGUUACAAUGUCAAUGGUUUGGAUGCGAGGACAAUUGA